UAUUUGUGUUGUGAUGGAGUAGUACAACCUAGUGGUCAUUCAGUCAAUGUUUGUUGUUGUGUUUGUGAGGCGCUCGUGACGUCCUUAAACUUUUGCUAUACAGAAUAGGAAUGGACUGACAGACUGGGUACAAUCACAACGUCACGACAAUGGAAGCAGAAGUCUUAGCACUCAAAUGGAACAAUCACCAGAGCAUUUUUUAUCACAUAAUCUGUGGGCUGCGCACUAAGAGCAAUUACACUGACGUCACCUUGGCAUGCGAGGGCAAGUUUUACCCUGUCCAUAAAUUGGUCCUUUCCACAUGCAGUGAAUAUUUCAGUGAAAUCUUCACUCGCACUCCUUGCAAGAACCCUGUGGUUGUUCUGAAAGACAUACAGUGUAAGGAUCUUGAGUUCUUACUGGAUUACAUGUACAUUGGUGAAGUGAAUGUCAGGCAGAACGAACUGUCCUCACUCCUCAAGGCGGCAGAGUGCCUGAAGGUGAAGGGUUUGGCGGUGCGAGAGGACGAUACCUCUCAGGCGGACAGUCCGAAGCGGCACGGGGGCCGCGAUAAGCAUGAUCUGAGCAGUCCUCCUGCAAAGAAGCGGAGAGCCGAGGAAUGCAGGAACAAGGCGUCUGAUGCUGCUUCCGACUUCGGCCAAGAAAAUUCGUGCGGAAAUCAUUUAGAAGAAAGUAGUAGUGAUAUCCCAAUAUUUGCUGGUGAACAGCAUGGAGAGCCCCCAUUGUCCCAUAAUGGUAGCGAUCAGGAUAUCAGUGGAGAGGCAGAAAAUGAAAUUCAGCCCAUUAAGAUAGAGCAGGAUCUUGAUUAUGAAGGGAGUGGAAGUUUCAAGCCAAAUCAGUCUACGAUCCCAACCAACUAUGAUAGCGACCAGUAUCUGGCAGAGGAGGAGAACAGAAUACCAAAGGCUGAAAAUUCAGAUGAGGUCUUGGAUGAUACCGUAAUGGGAGUGAAUUUCAACGAACUACUGCAGUCUUCUCUCAAGUCGGAUGAGUUUGGCGAACCUCAUUCCUCGGUGCAUUCUCAAGUAAAUUUAGAACAGCAGUGGGAUGGAAGUGGUGUUGGGAGAAGCCUGUCAUCUCACUCAUUGCCAUCGUCAGCAGCCCCACACAAUCCGCUCACACACCAUCAGCAACAAAAGGCUGCAGCAGCUGCCCUGGGUCUUCUCCAUUCAUCCGGCAGUGAUUCCCAGUCGCCGAUACGCCUGUUACAGCAACAACAGCAGCAGCAGCAGCAGCCACAGCACGGUGGGGGUGGGUCAGCAAGCGACCUGUUCGUGCAGCAGCAGAAUGUGAUGGUAGGCGAGGGGAGCUUGCCCCCACCGCUGGAUUUCCUCAAGAAAAAGGACAAGGGGCAGAGGGAUUAUGUCUGCCAGUUCUGCGGCAGAGAGUUCGGACACCGGACCAACUUGCAGGCUCACUUGCGCAUUCACACUGGUGAGAAACCUUUCCGUUGUCUUUACUGCCCGUACCGGACGGCCCUCAAGGGCAAUCUCAAGAUGCACACUAUAUCCCGGCACAAGAUAGACUGGAAAGCGAUCAAACACUUGGUGCAACCUAUCUCGGAAGAGAAGUCCAACUAGAAAGUUGACUUCUGUUUUAUGGUUUUAAUUGAAUGUUUUGUUUCCUUUUACAUUCAGUCCCAAAAAUAUUGUGAUUCAGUGUUUUACCAACUCUGCAUUUGUGGUAAGUGUUGCGUGUUGUCACUUUACAUUAUUUGAUAUUGAUUAUCGGAAGCAGAAUGUCCUGCUCAUAAACAAACAGUAUUACUAUUUUCGGUAGUGGUUCCAUUAUGUGAAGCCUUUUAAGAAAAAGCAGUAGACUUACAGAUUUCUCAAAAGGUGUUAAGUGAUCUCUUAAAUAUAAUCUAGAAGAAAGAGUGAAAGCUAGACUUGCACAAGCAAUCAUGGAAAAACUUGCGAUAAUGAUGCAUUUCAAUUCUGUUCAUCUCGGAAAAUGAAUGUUACUUGGCAACGAGAUUUGGAAAUUCUAGAUGGAAAUUUCUUGGCAUUUCAUUUGAGAGUGAAUCAAAACACCUCUUUCAAUUAAUUAAGUUGACGCCUGAAAGGAAGGUGGUUAAGUAUUUGUUCGUUUUAUGCAUUGUUUGAAUUUCCCUGGGACCUAACUGAACUCUUAGUUAAUGUAUAACGCUAUUUACACACCUUUGUAAUUACGACUGGAUGACAACACUUCAUCCUAUAGAUUUUUUAAGUUGAUUUUAAUUUGAUUGGUGCUUAUGAUUUGAAACCAAAAUGUAUUGAUCUCAUGGUUAAAUUAUAUGUUAUUGUCUAAUAUAACUGAUUGUAUGCGUUACGUUUUGUGUGGUAGAGGGACCAAGAUGUAAUGUGACACUUAAAGAGGAUAAUAAGAGAGCCCUGCAGAAAAUAAGAAGUGGAAAAGCCUCGGGAGCCAUCAGAAAAAACAGGCAACUUGGAAAUAUGACAUUGCAAGGGUUAGGAUAGUGUUAAGUAAGUUGUUAUUGUUUUAUAAUGAGGAAACUACGGGAAAACUACCAGGCAAUAAGGAAAGGAUUAUAGCACCUUUUUGUUUUGGAUCUUGAGAAGACAUUUGUAAGGCCACCAAGAACAGUAAUUUGAUGGUCGUUACAGUCGUAGCGUACUGAAAUUCUCGCUGACCUAGUGAAGUUCAUGUAUCCUGACACGAGAUAUGAGGUGUUUGUAAUCAGAAGAAAUUUGAGGUAAAUGUUGGUGUCCCGAUUCCUUUGAGGUUUAUCACAUUUGCGGAUGGCCAGUGCAAGAAGAAAGAGUGCUUGGAGCUGCUCUUUGCGGAUGACCUAGCCAAUACCUUGAAAUUUAAAGAAGAGGUUGUUGCAGUAGCAUUCAAAGAUUUUGAGUGGAAGGCAAAGGAGCUCACUGAAAAACAAAGCAAAACAAAUGAGGUAACAGAAGGGAAAAAGAAGUAGAUGCCGUUAGGAAGUUUAAAUGUAAAAUAUAGAAGUACUCAGGAGCCAUGAGAAAGGUUUGUGAAGCCCAGUGUUGUAGUGAAAGGGUAGGUCUUAGAAGAAGUAAUAAGUCUAAUGCACCCAGGGAACAUCGCUGAACUUUGAACCAGGUAUUUAUAGGGAAGUAUGAAAGGUUAGUAACAGCCAUGUUGAAAUUUAGUAAACAGCAAAACGUUGCAUGCAGUGGGGAGAUAGUGUUACAAAUGAGAGAUUUGCAGAGAACUAGGUAGAUGUGGUGAAAGACAAUGAAUAACUGUAGGGAUAGAAGAGGAAGGAUAAGGACUCUUAGAAAGACUCAAGAAACUGUUGGAAAAGGGCAUAGAUGAAGACCUAGACCAGAAUGAGAGUAGAGAAGGCAUUUCAUGCCCCUAAAAUUGGGACAGUGCCAUCAGUGCACCUCACACUGUGCACUGUAGGCAUUACUUAAAGUUCUUUGAUGCUUUGUUCCCUUCUGCUCCUAGCUUCAACCCUAUCAUUCCUUUGCUGUGCUCCACCCUCUCCAUGCAAUUUGAUAGAGCAUCUGAAAGGUUUACUCCUGUUAAAUUUUAAAAAAUGUUUUUUACUGUCAAUUUCCCUUUUGGUAUUGAAGGACUUCAUAUGUCUUAUAGGUCUUAUGUUCCAUGCUGUUUUAUGUCUAAUCUUAUGAAGGGAAAAUCUAAUGUAAAAAAAUAACAAUAAUUGAUAAAUUAAGAUUAUUAAUCUGCCAAAGGAUUAUUUCAAGAAGUAAUAAUUUGUCUGAAAUUUAAGUUAGAGUACAGUAGUCCAUCCUGUACUAUGUAUUUAUGUUAAAACUACUUUUGUUCAUGUUGUACAUUUGGAAAACAUAUUCACCUUCUCGGUUGUCAUGUCAAAGCUCCAGUAUCCAGUAUGGACAUGGUAGUUCUGAAGGCAUGGUACUGUGAUUAAACGUUUUCCUUCUAUUUUAAUUAAUUGCCAGUGAUAUAUAAUGGAGUGGAAAGGUGAAUUUAUAAAGCACCAAAUUCCAAACAAAGGUGCAUGCUCUCUGUAUAGACAAGUUGAUGGGUAUAGAAAAAAUAAUGGCACAAAAGGCAGAUUUUUUUAUUCUUUUCAUAAUAGUUUUGUGGAUGAAGUAAAAUUCACACUAUGGAGGAUUUGAUCUGGCAUAAUCUAUAAGGUUUUUGAGAAGGGUGUUCUCAAAUCAGAAAACUGUCUGCAACCUAUUGAACACAAAAGAAAAAAUAGGAACAAUUUUUAAACACUAGCUGGCAAGGAGUUAAUAACCAACAAGCUGUAAGUGAUAACUUAUGUUCGUAACGGAGAAAUGUUUGCAGUAGGCUUUCCAAUUUUUCCUUUUUGCAAUGUUCAAAAUAACUUUUAAAAAUGUAGGACAACUCUUCUUUGGUUGAAACCAACUGGAUACUUGGUUAAAAAUGUCUUCCACAUGAAGCAUUGUAGUUACUGUACAGUAGGAUUUGCCAUUUGGACAUUUGUAUGUCAGUUUUUAGGUCAUCUUUUUUAUCUGUGAGCAAAAGUGAGUAGUUAUUUAUACAAGGCAUUUUUGUCUUGAGUGGAUCUUGGAUUUAAAAAAAAAAGAUUAGCAAUGGACAGGAAUGAAAGUGGUAGUAAGACAGGUUUUCCUCUGAAUAACUAGUACUGUGAUUGGUGAUCUUUUUCCUUAAGGGAACAAAAACUUCUGAAUGUGUCUUUCCUUCAGUUAGUUCCUAGUUUGGGUUAAGAUGCCAAAUUAGCAUCAUGGAUGAAUUGGUUUAGCACUUUGGUAUCCUUCCUCACUGGAGUGAAAAGUUGAAUGUAGCUGAGUAGAGGCAAAAGAAUGUAUGGGAAUAUUUUCUAGCACAGCUGUCCAAGCUGUGAACAGCAACAAUUGCUAUUAUGCAUUAUGUCAUAAUUGUUUUUCCAGUGCAGUUUCCUAAGGUGUACGUGCCACAGCUUCAAGUUUAUGUCCGUACUUCAUUCAUCUAAUGCUACUAUUGUACUGGAGAGUGUGAUUCUAUAAAGUUAAAGUAUACAAGUCAUAUUUAUUAUAUAUUAUUGAUUAGUUAGUUUAAUGUUUUUUGUGAUUGUAAGUUUAUGUACUAAUGAAAUAUGUUCCUUAAUUGUGAGGUGGAGAAAUGGUGAUGUGCAGAUAUGUCUUGACAUUUCUAAAUGCUUCAGACAUUUUAUAACACGUUUGGAGACAUGAAAAAAGGUUAUUAAUGCUUCAAAGUGAAUGUAUGAAUACUGUUAACAAUAAAUAGGACUAAUGGGAAUUUGGAUAGUGCCCAAGAUAACCAAUAAUGAGCUAGCAUGAAUCUUCAGUUUUGUAAUUUAGUCCUAAUGUUAAUGUAACAGAAAACAGUAUUACUGAUAACUAGAAUUUUUUUUUUUUUUUUUUUUUCAUUACAACUGACAAUUUCAGCAAUUACCAAUCUCGGAGUGAAAUUUAAGUCUCUAGGUUGGGUUAGGUGUUAUUUUAAGUAAUUAAAUGAGUAAAAGUGUUACUAUACUGUAUUUACAAAUCUCUGAUUAUUUAAAUAUGGCAAAAGAAUACCACUGUAUCUUUGUCUGCCCAAGCUUUUCUCACUGAAUGAAACAGACAAGGAGAGUCAACAUUGUUGGGUUCAUAGCAUUUUUGUAAUAAAAUGUUCACAUUCUGAAAUUAAAUUUGAUGGUGAGAAAUAAAAUUGAGGAUUAGACAUCUUAAUCAUUAAACACCGACCAUUUGCAUGGUUCUUGUAACAAUUCAGACUAAAGAAUACCUAGACAUGUCUGCCUUCUUCAUAUCUCCAGUUCAGUAUAAGUUGAAGUCUUCAUUUGCUUGAAGGUCCCAGGGAAACUAUUCCCCUUGCAUCAUCAUUACUGUCUAGCCUCAUUUGUGAUGUGUAAUCGUAAUCUCUUUAUUUCGCAGUGUCACAUUGAUUCAUUUUAUGUCACAUUACUAUAGUCUUCAGGUUUCGUGGUCAGCAGCAGUGAAGUCACAUAAAUAUUGCCUGCUAUGCGGUGACACGUUUGUUUCCUAAAUCCUCGGUCACCUGUUUUGCAUGUACGUUUUAAUAUGAUGCUGUAAUUGUGGGUUCAGAAGUGUUUUGUAUACCGGAUCAUGAGGAAAUGAGAUACUUUAGUACUGUACUUGCUAUUUAUCACAAUGUUUCAUUUGUACAAUUACCUUAAUAAAGAAAUGCUGGCCUUCUGGAAUGCCACACACCAAAACUGAU